AUGCAAACACCUUUUUCCCCUCAAAUCCAUCCAGGUACUCUGUUUGUCGUUUGGCUUGGGGACUCUGGGUUACUGAUCCGACAUGUUAUCAGCUCAAUUGCUGAAAUACGGGCCAAGAAGCUUAUUGCCUACGACAAUGCCAAGCUCCGUGUCACUCGCAAGCAAGAGCUUCUUGAUCGUCGUGAGCGUGUGCGCAAGGCUCAAGAGGAGAUGCAGCAGGCUCGUGAACAGGCGCCGUAUUAUGGUUUUGAGAAUGCCGACUUCUCCUGCAACGCUGAACUGAAGGAUUUGUUCAAGGACCCGGAGGUGAUGGCGGCCCUCUCUGACUGCAUCAGCAACCCAGACCACAUCCACAACUAUAUUGGCAACGCAAAGGUUGUGAAGGUCCUCCGACAGUUUCGUGGCUUCUAUAGCGGUGGCACCGGCGAAAUGAGCGGAGGCGUCGACGACGACUAUGAUGGCUAUGUCGACGAGACCGCCGAUGUACCUCCAGGCCCUUUGAUCAGGGAGGACGGUGAUGACAUCCCUGACUAUCCCCCGACUACCUCUUGCCGCUGUCCGCACAAGGCUCCG